AUGGGAGUGUGUCAUUCUAAAAAAUCAGAACAAAACAAAAAUACUCCUAUUCUCAGUAAAACUCAACCCAAAGCUAAAAUCCCUUAAACCACUGAGAAAAUAUUAGAAAUUGCUAUCACAGAGCCUUUUGAAGAUAGCAAUCUACUAUAUAUGUCUCAAUAAUCUAAACCUAAAUGCUAAUUACCUAAACAUUCAAGUCCUACAUACUCAUUGAAUCUCUCCAAUUAUAAAUAUCGUUUUUCAUCUAAAUAUGUUCACUAAGAAUUCAAACUUAAUGAGAGUAUCAUACAUAUUUAUUACUUAGAAUAACUUAUAAUUCAUAGAUAGACUGGGUUACCCUAUGACCUUGAGAUUUUGGAGUCCACAUCUGAGAAUAGAGGGUUGAUUAGAAAAUUAUUUAACACCACUUUUCAUAUCAAUGAAUCAGAUUGUUCAAAUAUCUUUAACAUUAUUGAGAUAUGCUUAUAAAAUAGAUUUAUUUUGGUUGUUAGACAAUAUAUAGAGGCUAACAGUCUUGAAUCGCAAUUAUAAAUUCUCAGAUAGAAUGUUAAUACUUUAUCAAUUUCCGUCAAUAAGAUAAUUAAAAUCAUAAUGACGCUACAUUCAUUAGAUAUAAUUCAUUUUAAUUUGAGUAUUAAGUCUUUCUAGUAUUAAUAACUAUCAGGAUACAUAUAUCUUAAUAAUUUAUCGGAUUUAUAUAAUAGUGAUGAUAUCAAUUUUUAAUACAUCUCACCAGAAUAAUUAAAUUACAUUCCUUAUUUUACAAAGGAAUGUAAUCUAUGGUCUUUAGGAAUGAUUAUUUGUUUAAUGAUGGAUUGUCCAAAAAUACCAAUUUAUAAUGAUAAAUUGAAUAAAUUUAAAAAACAAAUAGAAAAGUGGCAACCCAAACAAUCAUUGAAAUAUAUUUAGAAUAGAGAACUUUAAGAAUUUAUUCUAAAAAUGCUAUAAAAAAACCCCAUUGAAAGAACUUUUUGA